AUGUCUAACGCUCCAGAGUCGCCCAGGCGUCCUACGAGCGCCCACGCUUCUCAUCUUCAGUACCCGACCCUCCCGCCGCUGACAGCCUCUGUCGAAGAGUGGUUAUCUCGUUCACGACCCGCCAACAGCAUGACUUCAGACCGUCCUCUUGAGCCCCUUCCAAAGUCCCUGAGCGAUAGCUGGGCAACUCUCAGCGUAUCAGAUCUACAUUCGGAGGACGGUAGUCACUCCGAACAGACCGACGUGGGGUCGUUGAUCGACCAGUCCACACCGGAUGAUGUGGCUAGCCUGGACGAACGCUACAGCAGUAGUGAGGCAGGUGGUCCUGAUGAGGACGAUCUACAGGAACAUGAAGACCACGAAGUUUACGAAGAUGAAAGCCUCAAGGCGGAUCGGUUCUCAGGCCUAUUCCACCCCGAUGCGGCCAUUGAUGAUAGCAAUUUAACUACCAUACCCGUUCACCGACAGUCCAUCGACUCGAUCGAGUUCGUCGAGCCUGAUAAAUGGCCAGAGAUGGAGCGGGUGGAAUUAAAGCAUACAGUCCGUAUCUUUGAGGAACCGGCAGCGUCUGAGAUCAAGGCUCAACUACCAGAGUGCUCACCCCAAUCAAUUCUCAUGGCGACGGUCCAGCAGACCAUGACAAAGCAAAGUCUGGAUCUGGAUAAGCCCUUCCGCGUCUUGUAUGUCGGACAGCCGGACUGUCGCAACAUCAUUCUGGACAAGAUCGGCGAUGUCUUAGUAUCGAGCUCGUCCGCAGGGUCGCAAUCUAGCUCUGCUGAAUCUUCACGGUACCACGUUGUGCCAACAUCUUUUGGAGCUGGAGCUGUUCCGAACUUUGCAGAACUCCUUCCUAUUCAUGUCCAGCUCGUGGUUGACGAGUGUGUGGCAGCUACCAAGGGCAACCACUCGGGUGGAUCCUGCACGGUAUGCCUUACCUUCAAGAAUCGGCCUUCAUGCCAGUCUUGGUGGGGCGGAGAUGACUAUCACGUCUCUUCCUCGUCGGAGUGGACUUUGCCAGAUGUGGCUAUCCUGUUCGUGUCUAGUCGUGACAAUGAUGUCGCCGUGCAAACUAGGCAUGCUGCCCAUACAUUCUUGGAACGACACGGGGUCCCCGCCAUGGUCAUCUCAGAUGAACCGCUUUGGGAAAAGGCUGGCGAAGUCAUCCCUCUGAACGAGAGCAGCCUUCACGUGUGUCUGGAGUCUCGAGAUGCGCAGACUGGAGAAACAGCAGUGUUGAGGCGCUACCCCAUCGAUCUCAAGACUUUCGAGAGUAUCACGCCUGGUCAGCUCAAUAGGAACCUAGCUUCGCUCAUGGACUUUUACCCCAAGAAAACACUGAAGGUCUCUGCCGACACACCGAUACCAUCCGAAUCCUACUCCUGGACUGACCCCGAAAAACAUCCUCGCAAUUGGAUCCCAUCCUUUGAUGCUGCUCGAGCUCCUCCAAUGGGUGCAAUGCUGCGACUCGCCACACUGACGCUCGUUUCGGCCAUUGUGCUGUCUCUUGGAUAUGCAGCGGCCAAGACCAUCGUCGUCUUCAUUAUGCAAUGGGCUGUUGGCUCAGCACUAUCCGGCGGACAUACCUCAGCACUGACCCCGAUGGGUUCAACAACUCCACUAGCCUUGGAACAUAUGGGGCACACUUCCCUUUCACUGUGGUCGGGUGAUUCGGGGGCCAUGGAUGCCACUUCUCCCGGUUGCUCCCAUAUAGGCCAGGCAACACCACACACUGUCUCAGGCAUAGGAUUCUCUGAACGAAACGAUGGAUUCGAAAUACAAGUAGUUGGAGACUGCCAUGUGGCCAUCAAGCCUCCGCGUAACAUCGCAUCCCACAAAAAACAGCCUCGGUUCCAUGUUACGGUUUGCCGGGACGGGAAAGCCCUAGCGUACGAACUAGCUGCACUGUUUGAUGGUGUCUAUACGCUGCGGCUGGACCGAGAAGAUGCAUACGGUUUGGUCAAUGUGACAAUCAUCGCCAAGUCGAAGUCACAAGUCAACCAAACUAUUAUCGUUGACUUUGGGACUCCAUGGCUGAAGAUUGCGAAUUGGAGAAGAGCAGCUCGUGCGGUCUCUUCACAGUUCUCAAAAGACUUGCAGAUUGCUCAAACUGGGUUGUCUGAAGUGUACGGCCGACUGUCAACAGAUUUACAAGUGAUCAUGGGGGACGUGGUCAAGAGAUCUCAUUUCCUGCGCCACGAUGCUGAGCGCGUUGGCCAUGACAGCCUACGCGCUGGAGAUGGCAUGCUGUCCAGAUCAAAGCAACUCUCUGAGGUUAUCACCCGCAACGCUGUCCAGAAGUUCCGAAGCGUUUCUUCUGUUUUACAUAGUCGCUCUGUCCGUGUCAACGAGGGAGCCAGAGGGGUCCUCAGCGAUACCUGGGGCCGUCUGGGAAAGUCAGCGUCCCAAGUGGACCUUCGUUCCAUGGUGGAUCGAGUGCGCAAUGCGAAAUCUGACACGCUGGAUCGGGCUCAGACUCGUGCACGUCUUUUCAUGGGACGCGGCGGAAAGGAACCUGCUAAAUCCAAGAGUAAAGGGGGUAAGCGCUAA